UAGGACUGAUUUAACGGAUUUUGUUUUGGACUUGGGCUGCAUUAGUGAUAGAGCUGGGGUUAUUCAUCUGAAAAUAAUAGUGUUUUAUUAGUUUACAGUCGAACAACAUAUUCGCUAAGAGCGAUGAGCUUGUCAUUAAGGACUGAACUUGCUGCGGAUAGAACUAAAAGGAAAAAGAGAAGGGAGUUGACCGAAGAACAGAAACAAGAAAUAAAAGAGGCAUUUGAACUCUUCGACACUGACAAAGACCGAGAAAUAGAUUAUCAUGAAUUAAAGGUUGCAAUGAGAGCUCUAGGAUUUGACGUAAAGAAAGUGGAUGUGUUGAAGAUACUGAAGGAUUACGAUAGGGAAGGAACUGGAAAAAUAACCUUUGAAGACUUCACUGAAGUGGUCACGGACCGUAUUUUGGACCGAGAUCCCCGGGAGGAGAUUCUGAAGGCGUUUAAGCUGUUCGAUGAUGACGAGUCGGGAAAGAUCAGUCUGAGGAACCUGCGGCGGGUGGCCAGGGAGCUGGGGGAGAACAUGAGCGACGAGGAGCUGCGCGCCAUGAUCGACGAGUUCGACACUGACGGGGACGGGGAGAUAAGCCAAGACGAGUUUAUCUCCAUAAUGACUGGGGAGUUCUAAGAAGGGAAGUGUGGAUGAAGACAGUGCUGGUGAAAAGUGGACGAAUGUGUGCUGGUUGAUCGAUUGACCUGACAGGAUGUCUGUACACUUGGUGAAAGCCAGGUUUCCCUGCUUUUCACAAGUUUUCUUCAUUGGUGACAGUUUUAGGCUUUUAUCAAUACAAAACCGUGACCAAAAUGUACAUUGGUGCCCUUAGUGUUUUUUGUUUUGUUUUUUUUCCUUGCAAAUAUUGUGUUGCACUCAGAACAGUUUCACAUGAUUGACAUGUACUGUAUGGCCCUGGCUUUCAAGUGAAAGUGAAAUAGUUUCCUUAUACUACACUCUUUGUAUACCUUAUUUAUACUUUGGUAUUUUGGCUUUAUGUGUGUUAUUUUGUGGGAAAGAGUGUAUUUAAUUUCAAUUUAAAUGAUAUACAUAGAUUGAUAUCAUUUAGAUAUUUAGAACCCCUUAAAUUAUUGCAGACCUGCUAUGCAAAAUCUUGAUUUGAUUACAUCUUGUGAUUUGCCAUGAUUAGUAAUCAAUUUUCUUCAGUUUCAUGAUGUUCAUAUCUUUUCUUUUUUUCUGGAAGUGUGAAUAUUUUAUUUCAAACAUUUUUGUAUUUUUGCUAGGUGGUUUGAUUUAUGUAUAGUAAAUAAAUCCAUUACUCUGAA